AUGCGGUGGGUUCCGCUUGAGUCAAAUCCCGAUGUGAUGACCAAAUUUAUGAGGGAGUUGGGCGUUAAGGAACCCUGGUGCUUUGUUGAUGUUUUCAGUACGGAUCCUGAAAUGCAGGCUCUCGUUCCGUGCCCAAUAUUGUCUUUACUUUUCCUUUAUCCUAUUACGGACAAUUCCAAGUCCAUUGGUAUUGGGACUGUUUCGCAUGAAGAAAAGUGCUUUUUUAUUAAGCAGACUAUUGAUAAUGCAUGCGGAACCGUCGCAAUUAUUCAUGCACUUGCCAACAAUAUAGACGCCUUAGAUAUUACUGGUGAUUCUCCUCUGGAGCGUGCUGAACUACUGGAAAAAGAAGAGGAACUAAGUGAAUUUCAUGAAGACUGUGCACUGCAAGGUCAAACCGAGGCACCGGACUCGAGUUCUGAAACUAAUCUGCACUUUGUUGCGUUUAUCAACUCAGAUGGUCGUCGCGAUGGGCCUGUGUUACAUGGUGAAACCUCACCAGAGACAUUCCUGGCAGAUGCGUGCAAAGUUGUCGACCGGUUUAUGCAACGAGAUCCCGAAGAUGUGCAGUUCAGUCUAAUCGCCUUGACCAAAGUUGAAAAUUAG